AUGGCAGACGAUGUCUCCAAGCCGGAAACGAUGCUGGAGGUCCCGCAGGUCCCCGCGACAAACGAUGCCGCGAUUGGCACCAACUUGACGCAACAAACACAGCCGACUGCACCACCAGGCACACCACACAAGGACGUUGUCAUGUCCGACGCGCCCAUUGAACAAGCCGCGUCGCCUGCACCAGCCCGAACCGGAACUCCAGCGCAAGGCUCUCGCGCUGCCUCGGCACACCCGGACGCGAACUUGACGAUGCCUUCAGAGGCGGUGCCCCAUGGCGAUCCCACCCGACGAUAUCUGAAUACCAAGGUCACUGGGGUCUUGCUCGAGGGAAUGAAGCAAUUGGCCAAGGACCAACCCCACGAUCCACUACGAGUCCUGGGCGAAUUCUUGAUACAAAAAUCAAAGGAACUCGAGAAAAUCGGUCAGGCUUGA